AUGCCCAGGCCCGUCAAGACCCGCUUCUCGGAUGCCGAGGACAUAUUGAUCUUGCGGGAGGUCAACGCGAGACUCCCAUUCACUGCAAAAAGGGGUUCCGUCAUGCUGGCGUGGAACACUGUGGCCGACGCUGUGUCGACGAAGCACGACUUUGCUCGGCCUGGCUUCGACGGCAAACGAGCCCUGAACAGAUUCACUCUGCUGAUGGAAGGCCACCGUGCGAACAACGACGUGUCGGCACGUGCAUCAGGGAUCGAUGAAGACCACGACGAGAAGACCCAGCUGCUGCACGAGCUGUUGGCGGUGUAUGAAGACUCCAAGGCACAAGACAAAGCGCGCCUUGUCGCAGCCCAACAAGAAGCCGAUCGCAUCGAGAAUAUGGGCGCUACCAUACGCGAGGAGGCAAUCCAGUCGUUGGCGCUGGUGUUUGUGGUGUUUUUUGUGUCGUUCAGCAGAAGUCCAGAAGAUUGCAAAGAUGUUGAGCUGCUGGACUCCCGUUCGGACUGUUUUCGUACGUGA